AUGUCUCAUCUUCGAAAGUUAAAAUACCACGAGCAGAAGCUAUUAAAGAAGACGAACUUUCUGGAAUGGAAGCAAGAUAAAAGCGCGCGAGAAGCUACGAUCUUGCACCGCUAUCACAUCAGCAGAAGAGAAGAUUACCAAUACUAUAAUCGUCUACUUGGCAAAAUACUGUCCCUGACAAAUCAGCUUGGGCAGCUUCCUCAAGAUGAUGAGUUCAGAAUUCGAAUGACUGAGCAGCUAACCGAAAAGCUGUUUAAUAUGGGACUUUUGUCUGAUGAGCGAAGUCUCGCAGCAGUGGAAAAAAUAACAGCGUCGUCCUUUUGCAGAAGAAGACUUCCUGUCGUAAUGGUUCGUUUGAAGAUGGCCCAAACAAUUACGGAGGCGGAUACACUGGUGAGACAUGGCCAUGUUCGUGUGGGCACAGACCUCGUUAGCGACCCCGCCUACCUGGUAACACGAGAGAUGGAAGACUAUGUUACGUGGGUGGACUCUUCCAAGAUUAAGAGACAUAUUAUGAAAUACAACGACGCUCUCGAUGAUUUUGAUCUUUUAGGUGAAUAG